UAAGAUUGCAAUGAAUAAUGGAUUGUUCUAUUUGUUUGUGUUGUUAUUGUUGUGUCAUAAUGUCGUGAAUGAAGAUUUAUUCGUUGACUGCAAUGAUGGAAGCAAUCAAGCAAUUUGUAAAGUUAAUAGCGUGCCAAACAUGCCAUGGGUAACGAAUGGAAACACGGCACCCAGAGCAACCUUUCUUAGCAGCAAUUGGUUUCUGUACGAAGAGAAUGGUUUGAUUGAGAUUGGGCUUAAUGUUACAUGGUACCAAAAUGCUGAAGUUUUUGACCAACAUAUCGAAGGAUAUGUUCUUGAGCUGACAUCAUCGAUGGCAAGUGCUUGGUCUUCUAAAUGGAUUGUUCAUGCUACUGUUCCAUCAGAAAGCAUAAGGAAAUAUGAAAAUAUGGUUUUCAACUAUCAUGGGUUCUACCACAACAGUAGUAACUUCUUUAGAAAUGGAAGAACUUAUUUCAUUCAGUUGUUUUCAAUGCCGGUGUAUAACCAAGACAACGCAGCAAUUUAUGAUUCGUGUGAAAUUGAUGUACCAGAUUGCAUUAAUCGGGAAAUGGCUGAGUCAUCCGUCUGUAUUGAUAAUGAAGUUGAUGAUUAUGAUGAGUCAUAUUUUGAUCUAGAUGAACCAGACCCAACAACCCCACCAAGUGAUGAAACCACUCAAGACAACUCGUUAUAUUUUCCCAAAAACUUGUUGUUGUAUAUCGGACUUUCAUUGUCUCUAGCACUCAUAGUGGUCAUUCUGGUAUUUCUUAUCAGGAACGUUUUUAAAAAGAAAAAAAUAGAAAAAAGUCCAGUUCUCUUUAUUUGCAGUCGUGAUUCAAAUUACGCUGAAGUUACGUCAUGUUUAGCGAGCUUCGUGAAAACAUAUUCAACCAGAGAAGUUGAAUGUAACAUGUGGCAUCUAACCGAUCAAAAUAUCUUGGGGUGGCUGCAUAGGUGGUUAGGGGUUGCUGCUGAUGUUGUGUUAAUUUAUGGACGAAAGGAGAGAGAAAAUUUAGAAGAAGGCAGUGCCAGCAAUGAUCUUUUUGUUCUCUCUUUGCGGAAACUAAAAGAAAAAGAAAAAAAGUUUCAUUUGGUUGGCUUUGAAAAAAAAACUUUGAGAGAUUUUGAGAAAACUGGUUUGGAGAAAAAGUUUCUUUUGGUUAGAGAUGUGGGAAUUUUUUUCCAGGAUAUUGUUGGAAAGUUUAAAGCUCGUUCUGAGAACCAGCUGGUGACACUAGAGAGACUUAUUAAGUGCGCUGUUGAAGUUGAAACAGAAAAAAAGGAAAAUUUCGAUCGAGAUUCUGGUUUCUUUUUAAAAAGUGAGAGUGGGAGGGAUAAGGAGAGAGAGUGGGAGGAAAAUGAAAGUCACGAAUCUACUUUUGUUUUUGAUUCAACGACAGAUUAUACAAGCACAGAUAUUAGUGUCUCGUUAUUGUAGGCCAUAUCUUCUGAACCAGAGGCCGUAGGCCUUUUCUAAAAAGUGCCGGCAAAAUUCUUGAAAAUUUGUGUCAUUUAAACAGCUGUGAUAAACUACCUGCAUAAUAAUCAUUAUAACUUUUUUGUUGAACCCAUGUUGCACAAUCUGCUAAUGAAGAUUUUUAUUUUGCGAAUCAGAAAUUUUUAAAACAUUCCAAUUUUUUUGGAGUUUAAUUUUUGUCGUUUUAUUUUCACUGAUGCACUAACUUUGCCAUGGUUUUAUAUCGUGAGAAAUUUUUUCUUGCCUUUGCCUGAAAACUGCCUGCCUUUUUAUUUCUGUAGUUUAAAGUAGUUUUAUUUGUGUAGUUUAUUUUACAUCCUACUUACACAUUUUGAUGCAAAAAAUACACAUUUCUGGUCACUUUUAAUAUAAUAUAGGACACAAACUGUCUGUUUUUAAAAAAUGCCGAAACAAAUUGUUAAAAAUUACAAAAAGUUUUGCAAAAAUAAUAAAUUUGUGGUAAUUUGGCUAUUUUUUAGUCUUUUUUACCGAAACAUUUGAAAAUGACGACACGUCAUGUAUAUGCGCCAUUAUCUUUGUAAUGCACCUGUUAAAUAUUUGCAAUAAUAGCAUAUAUAUAUAAACGUAGUUUAUAUUUUGUAUGUUACCAUUUUUUUAUAAUGUUAGUUGCACAAUGUGAUUUUUUUUACAAUGUUCACAACAUAUUUUGCAACUUUAUAUUCCUAUAUUAGUAGUAAAAUUGUGUGGCACCUUAAAAUACUUGCCACGGUCUAGUUUCGUGGUGUCUCUUGCCACAGAAAGUAAAACCCCAAUGUUAAGUCACAUGCCAUUGUACUCUUUAUAAUGAUACAUAAUAUAUGUUGAAAUUUCUUAUAUUACUGUAGUAGUAAAUUUGAAUGACACCACAGAUUGCAUGGUGUGGUGCCAUGGUAUCUACUCGGUGCCGUGGUAUCUACCCGAUGCCAUGGCACAGUGGUCAGUGUGCCUAUAAAAU